GUCCUUAGCGCAAGCACCUAUAAUUUUUCCAAUCCAAAGCAUGUCAAGCGUACCAGAAUUAAUAACUUUCAUCUCGCUUUUCUGUGUUUUAUUUAAUUCGACUUCAGCAAAUACUUUAGGGACAAACAAGGCAGAAUUAAGUGAUAUGAGUUCGAACGACGGUAGUGAAAUCUCAAAUGGAUUGCCUCUGAGAUCAUAUGGUGAUGCCACCGGUAGACGUUCUCUCGGCAAUUAUCAUAAUAUGCGGCCUCUAUACGGUCUCGGUCCGCAAAUGUUGCAAAUAUCACGGUCUAAAAUACCUAUCGAACUGGAUUUGUUGGUGGAAAAUGAGGACAGCAGUCUAUCCAAGCGUUUUGACGACUAUGGUCACAUGCGGUUCGGAAAACGAGGUGGUGAGGAGCAAUUCGACGAUUACGGUCACAUGCGUUUUGGUAGAAGUACAUAUUCAUAAACUAAGAUCAUAAAAAACUUUUCUGCAAAAUCUUGACGACUUUG